AGAAGCGACAACCCGGCCGUGUGGACUGAAGAGGGCCUUUGGGGCCCCUUGCUAGAAGAAUGGGCCUUGGGAAGUCAAAAUCACAGAGAAAGCAGAGUAAUGCAAAUCCCGAUCUCCCAACACGCUUACGUUGUCCAAGAGCGCGCUGAUAUUGAGGUGCAAGAAGGGAAAAUUGGGAAUGGAAAAAUCAUCACAACUACCAAGCCCAGUAACAGCUACAGGCCAUCAUCAGGCAACAAGCCGCCACCACGCCAGGUGUCCGAAACGGAUCUUUACUUAUUGGGGGCAAUAGAGAAGUUGGUGUACAAAGUGGAUUUUAUGGAAAAGCGUCUAAGGCGCGUGGAAGAAAUGCUGUACUAUGUGAUGGCUGGUAACAGAGUUGAUGUUGAACCAUGCGCGGAUAAUUUCACAAGAGUAGCGCAAAAUUGCUACAUGUUUGCUAGCAUGGCUGGCAGAGAAUACGACUGGAAAGUGGCCAGUAAGCAUUGCAAAAAAAUGGGAGCAGUCCUGGCCGAAAUGGAGUCCAUCGAAGAAAACCAAGACCUCAUCGCCCAUAUACAGAACGAUGCCCAUCUUAAGGGCAAAGACUUUUGGGUGGGCGGCCUCAAUCCAGGCCUGCUAUGGAUCUGGAGCAACACUGCCAGGCCCAUUGUGGCCCCUGGAUCGCAAAACAACAAAGAAAACCCUUCAUCUGCGAUUCAAGGGUCGGGCCGGUGUCUUCGACUAGCCUACAAUCCGGCACUUCGAUCUUACGCUUACAAGGGAACAGACUGUUCAGUUCGAUACAGUUACAUAUGCGAAGCGCCUGAAGAAACAUCGAGCAAUGAAAUCCAAAGGAUUGGUAGAAGCAGGAAAAUCUUCGACGAGCUGUAAAGGAUUGAAUUGUUAGUGGGCUAUUUAUUCGUGUAUUUUAUAUUCAAAUAUCACUAGAGUUGUAUCGACUUUUAGUCCUCACUUUGCUAAUAAUAAAGGCAAUUGCCAAUAACUAUUAUUGAUUAAA